AUGUUUGACGACAUGAUGAUGGCCAUGUACUCCGAGGAGGAUGCUGAUGUGGGCUUGAAAAGGCGCCAGACUGAUGCACAGCAAGCGCAAUUCCAACAGUGUCAACUUCAGUGCGAUAGCGUCAGCUACUGCCGAGCUGUUGCGUAUAAUACCACUGACAGUACUUGUCACAUGUUUGCACAAAUUUCUGGCACGGGAUACGCACCUGGAGUUCUUUUCGCCGAGCGUGCUCCUGCUCAGGAUGCUUCAUCCAGUGCUUCAACUGGUGGUGCUAUCACCUCGACUAUCUACAGCACUGAUAUAACUACUGUGACGUCUUGCCCUCCAGAUGUUGUGAGUUGUCCAGCAAGCUCGACAGUGGUUUCGACUUCGCUCGUACCUGUCAGCGUGACGGUUUCUUCUUCUACCGCAACCGCCACUGCAGCCAACUACUCUAGCUACUGUGGUGGAUACUAUGAGGAUGCUCAGACCCCACCAAACAACUACAGCGUUGAUUGCACGAGCGAUUAUGUUAACGCAAGCAUCACAACAGUCACUAGUGUUCGAGACUUGUACGUCUGCGUCAACACCUGUAGUCAGGUUUCUGGAUGUUUGGCUGCUACAUGGCUUCAGAACACCCUAGAGUGUCGCUUGCAGAACGCGAAUGAUCUUUCAUCGACCACCCCAUUCGCUCCUGGUGUUGUUGGAUACAGAGCUACCAGACUUACAAGUCCCAAUGGGCCAUUGACAAUCACUAUCUACAGCACUGACAUUUCGACCGUCACGUCGUGUGCUCCAGACGUUACGAGCUGUCCUGCAAGAUCCACCGUCGUUUCCACGACACUCAUUCCGAUCAGCGUUAGCGUUGUGUCCAGCACUGCUGCUGCGUCUAGUACAUCUUCCACGGCAGCGGCUGCCUCUAGCACAUCUUCCGCUGCGGUCGCUGUAUCCAGCUCUUCAUCUGCACCAGCAUUCGUGACAAGCACAAUUUACAGCACAGCCCUCAGCACUGUCAUCUCCUCUAGUUCGACUGUCAUUUCUACCACACUCAUUCCUGUUGGGACAAGUGUGAUCACUGAGAACUCGUCGUCAGCAGCUGCAUCUUCCAUAAGCUCUAGCGCUGUGGGCGUCGUGACUUCGACAAUCUAUAGCACAGCCCUCAGCACUAUCACCUCCUCGAGUUCGACAGUCGUCUCAAGCUCGCUUGUGCCUAUCAGCGUGACGAUUUCGACAGUCUCUCUGCCUUCUGCCACAAGUUCCAGCGCUGUGGGCGUGGUGACAAGCACGAUUUACAGCACUGAUAUCACGACCAUCACUUCGUGUUCUCCUGGUGUUGUCAGCUGUCCGGCCAGCUCGACAGUCGUGUCGACCUCGCUCGUCCCAAUAAGUGUCAGUGUCUCCACUGUGUAUACCGAGUUCUCUACUUCAUGGUACUCCACCUGGUCCGGUACUCCAUUCUCCACUGCUUCGUCCACGGCAUACUCGUCCGCCUACUCAAGUGGAUUCUCCUCUGCGUUCUCUUCUGCUUAUUCUUCGGCUUACUCUUCUGCUUUCUCUUCUGCCUUCUCGACUGCCAACUCUAUGGCUUUUUCGUCGGCAGCGUCGAUGGCAACGUCCUUUGCAGCAUCUUCUGCGGCUUCUUUCGCCGCUUCGUCUGCUGCUUCGUCAGCUGCAUCUUCGUUAGCGUCUAGUGCAGCCUCUUCAUUCGCUUCCAGUGCAGCUUCUUCCGGCGCUGCUUCCUAUUCCUCUUCCACAGCAGCUUCUGACGUUGCAUCUACGUCUACACCUAGUGGUGCUACCGACAGCCGUUCAGGUUCUGUCAUGCCUCCCACUUCGACGUCGACAUACUACACUGGCCCCAUUACUAUUACUGUUCGUCCAUCUACUUGUCCUGCGUUGCAGACCUUGACUACUACUGUGUUCACGACUGGCUAUCAGCAGCAGUGGCAUGUAGAUGUUUUCGGCCUCCUGUAA